GCCGCGGGGCGGGAGGGACGAGGGGCCGCACCUGCCCCGGCCCCGCCGCGCCCGCCGGCCCCGUGCACCCCCCCGCCCCGCCCGCCCGCCCCACCUGGCCGCUGGGUCUUCCCUCGAGGCCUUUGUCCUGCCGGCGCCGGCCCGCGCGCGCUCCGGCCCGGCUAGGCCCCUCACGCGAGGCCGGGGAUCCGCGGCCUACCCCCAGCCCGGAGCCCUCCCUCUCCAUCCCCCGCCACCCUUCUCCUCCGCCCUUCUCAGCCCCGGUGCCCGCGGUGGAGGCCGCGGAGCCGCCCCCGGCCUACUCUUCCCGCCCGUGCCACCGCCGCCGCAGCAGGUUCCCUCCCUCCCUCCUCCUCCUCCUCCUCCUGCUUCUGCUGCUUCUCCUGCCCCCGGCGGCGGCGGGAUCCGCGCGGUGCCCGGGGAGCGCUGGGCCGGGCGGCGGCGGCAGGAGCGGCAGCGCCAGCAGCAGAAAUGAUGGAAGAAUUGCAUAGCCUGGACCCACGCAGGCAGGAGCUCCUGGAGGCCAGGUUCACCGGGGUUGGGGUUGCCAAGGUUGGUGCUUCAAAUUCCCUCCCUACCCCCCCAAGCCUCCGUCCGUCAUGCUCCGCACUGGCAUUGGGUCCGUUAAAUAGUGAGUCUUCCAACCAGAGCUUGUGCAGCGUGGGCUCUCUGAGUGAUAAAGAAUUGGAGACUCCCGAGAAAAAGCAGAAUGACCAGCGGAAUAGGAAGAGGAAAGCAGAAGCUUACGAGACCAGUCAAGGGAAAGGCACUCCUAGAGGACAUAAAAUUAGUGAUUAUUUUGAGUUUGCUGGGGGCAGUGGCCCAGGAACCAGUCCCGGUAGAAGCGUGCCACCCGUCGCCAGAUCGUCUCCACAGCAUUCUCUGUCCAACCCCUUGCCGCGGCGAGUGGAGCAGCCGCUGUAUGGGGUAGACGGCAGCGCAGCCAAGGAGCCGCAGGAGGAACACUCUGCUCUGCCAACGCUGAUGUCGGUGAUGCUGGCGAAGCAGCGGCUAGAGAAUGAGCAGCUGGCACAGAGGGGAGGUGGCCUCUGUUUUACUUUUGUCUCGGCCCAGCAAGGCAGCCCAUCUUCUACCGGAUCAGGGAACACUGAGCAUUCCUGCACCUCCCAAAAACAGAUUUCCAUCCAGCACAAACAGUCACAGUCUGACCUCACAAUGGAAAAAAUAUCUGCGCUAGAAAACAGUAAGAACUCUGACUUGGAGAAGAAGGAGGGGAGGAUAGAUGACUUAUUAAGAUCAAAGCAGGAGAAGAUGGCAUGCCGAGAUAAGAGCAUGCAGGAUCGACUGAGGCUGGGGCACUUCACCACGGUGCGGCAUGGCGCAUCCUUCACCGAGCAGUGGACAGAUGGCUAUGCCUUCCAGAACCUCAUCAAGCAACAGGAAAGGAUAAAUUCCCAGCGGGAAGAAAUAGAAAGGCAACGAAAAAUGUUAGCAAAGCGGAAGCCACCCGCAAUGGGCCAGACCCCUCCAGCAAGCACUGAGCAGAAGCAGCGCAAGAGCAAGACCAACGGAGCAGAAAAUGAAACGUUAACAUUAGCAGAAUACCAUGAACAGGAGGAAAUCUUCAAACUCCGACUAGGUCAUCUUAAAAAGGAAGAAGCUGAGAUCCAGGCAGAACUGGAACGGCUAGAGAGGGUUAGAAAUCUGCACAUCAGGGAAUUGAAAAGGAUACACAAUGAAGAUAAUUCACAAUUUAAAGACCAUCCAACGCUAAAUGAUAGAUACUUGUUGCUACAUCUUCUGGGUAGAGGUGGCUUCAGUGAAGUAUAUAAGGCAUUUGAUUUAACAGAACAGAGAUAUGUAGCUGUGAAAAUACACCAGUUAAAUAAAAACUGGAGGGAUGAGAAGAAAGAAAACUAUCACAAACAUGCAUGUAGAGAGUACAGAAUUCACAAAGAACUGGAUCACCCUCGAAUAGUUAAACUAUACGACUACUUCUCACUGGAUACUGACUCGUUUUGUACAGUGUUAGAAUACUGUGAGGGGAAUGAUCUGGACUUCUACCUGAAACAGCACAAGCUAAUGUCGGAGAAAGAAGCGCGAUCCAUUAUCAUGCAGAUUGUGAAUGCUUUAAAAUACUUAAAUGAAAUCAAACCUCCUAUCAUACACUAUGACCUUAAACCAGGUAACAUUCUUCUAGUCAAUGGUACUGCAUGUGGAGAGAUAAAAAUCACAGAUUUUGGACUUUCCAAAAUCAUGGAUGAUGACAGCUACAAUUCAGUUGAUGGCAUGGAGCUGACAUCGCAGGGGGCUGGUACUUACUGGUAUUUGCCACCAGAAUGUUUUGUGGUUGGGAAAGAGCCUCCAAAGAUUUCAAAUAAAGUUGAUGUUUGGUCAGUGGGAGUCAUCUUCUAUCAGUGUCUAUAUGGCAGAAAGCCCUUCGGUCACAACCAGUCACAACAGGAUAUUUUGCAGGAAAACACAAUCCUGAAAGCUACUGAGGUGCAGUUCCCUCCAAAACCAGUGGUCACACCAGAAGCAAAGGCGUUCAUCAGGCGGUGUCUGGCCUAUCGAAAGGAGGACCGGAUAGAUGUCCAGCAGCUGGCCUGUGACCCCUAUUUGCUGCCUCACAUCCGCAAAUCUGUAUCCACAAGCAGCCCAGCUGGAGCUGCAAUUGCAUCAACCUCUGGAUCAUCCAAUAACAGCUCUUCAAACUGAGACAGAGUAAUAGGCCAAAAACUGCUUGAGAAACCGACAAAAAGACUUUCAGAAACACCUUUGGAACAGAGGAAUCCACAAGGAUCUCAAGAAACCUGUACCAGGUGCUUUUUUCUCUUGCUUUUUUCCAUCCAUAGAGCAUGACAACAUCAACUCAUCAAGAAAGCCUUCAGCAUCUAGGCCAAGCCAUGUGGAUAGGAGAUGGCUUGAGGUUUAUCCAGUCAGUGACCACAAAAGGGUGGCUGCUCUGAGCAAGGAGGGGAAACUCAAGAAAAAAUACAAAAAGACAUGGUUCCAUGUACUGUGAACUUCUGAACAUGCAGCCUUGGGGAAUCCAGGACGCCGUGUGUGCUUCAUAUGAAGAAUGUGGACUUUGGAAAAAAAAGACUGGGCUAGUCCAGUAUUGAUAUUUAAACAUUGUUCUUUUUCUUUUAAUAAAGUUUAGGUAACAUCUCCUUGAAAAGCUCGAAGCACCAAGGUUCAGCUGGGGAUGGUAUAUGACUCUUUGCCCUUUGGAGGGGAAAAAAGUUGAUCCUGCCUGUUCAUGGCACUAGAGUUAGUGUUUUACCCCUAAUUAAUUUCAAUUUUUUUAAAAUAACCAUUUUUUGGAAGAAAACAGUUUUCUGGUCUCAGUGAAACCCGUAUUAGCAGGUUUGUGGCAGUGUCCAUUCUGCAGCUGGUGCAGCUUUCUGCUCCUUUGGGAUGGCCUCUUAGGAAUGAUUCACCUUCUCAGGAGGGUGGUGAAGCCCUGGGAGGACAGGCCUGCGUCAUUCUGUGAUCAGAGUGGAUCACAGCUCAGGCUGGCUCAAGGUCUCAGCUGCUGCUUCAUCGCUCUCCCAACGGUUGCACUGCUUUAGUGUUGAAGCGCUGCUGUUUUUGCAGACCCAGCCCAUCAUGCUCAUACUGCUCUCCACACUUGUGAGCCUGAUCUUGGCUGGCAGGCAGAGAGCAGGUGGGGAUUGAAGCAGGGCUCAGGUGUCACAGGUGUGAUCUGUGCCCACACAGCUGUCUAUUGAUCUUGUUCGUGUUAGAGUGUUCUGAAGCUGAAGCCUUGUCUGCUCCUCUCUGUUGGACGACUUGGCAGCAAAGCUUCCUCUCUCCCUCAACAGUUUUCAGACUUGCUGACUCAUGAAACUUGCUGCCAUCACUGCAUCCGAUUUCAGAUGGCAGGGAAUGAGAUAAUGUUCUUGAAAGGAGCAAACACCCUAAUUAUUGUCUCCCUCCUGUAAUCUGCAUGUGGAGGGGUCUUGUACCUUCAGCUGGAUCUGCCUGCUGUGAAGUGGGAGCCUCCCACUCUACUUCCUUUUCCCUCCCCCAUAGAAGGAAAACUGAAAACACAAGAAGUGCAGCAAUUGAACAUGUGGCAGCCAGGUUGGAGUGCUCCUAACAUGUGGCAGGAGUUCUUAGCCAGAAAUGUUCAAAGUUGCAGUGUCGAGGAGCAGGGUUUGUCCCUGGGGAAGACGAGCCCUGCACUACUGCAAUUCAGGAUGGUGGUUAAAAAACAAACCACCCUGUGUGCACUUCCCAACCCAGUCCCUGGACCACUGUGGGCUGGGGGAUCCUUUGUGGGACGGUUCCAGGAUUGUACCCACAGCUGUGGCAGCCUGUGGGCUGUUUGGGUGGCUCUGUUACCCCACUGGCAUCUCCUGGCAAGUGCUGUUGUCCAUCAUGCACUCAGAACUGCCACUUGUUCCCCUUAUUGUAAGCCAUCAUCUGCAAAUACUGUGCUUAAACCUGAUCAGGAACUUGAUAACUGAGAAAUAGAGCAGUCUGUUGGAAUUACGCAACAGGCCAGGGAAAUGGAGAACUCUAAUGCUUUGAUUUUUCUUACUAUUUUUGUAGUGACUUUUGGGCUUUUAAUUGGAUUUACUCCCUUGCAGCUGCAUUUAGGGUGGUGUCUAAACUGCUGUAGUGUUUUAUACAAAGAACAGAAAUACUGCAUCUUUAAAUCCUCCGCCAUCCUCUCUUAGCCCUUUCCAUGCCUGCUGCUCUAAGCCAGAAGUUAAUUGUCCAGCAAGGAGCUUCAACAUGUUUAUUAAGCCUCUGUCAGGAGAAAUCAGGGUUGGUGCUUCAUCCCAUUUGCCGAAACUGGUGAUUUGGUAUCUGUCCACAUCGGGGAGAAUUCUAAAAGGGUUUUUUUCUAUCCUGGUCCCAUUGUUUCUUGGCCAUCCAGUGUGUGCAUCUCUGUGGGUGUGAUUAGUUUUGUGUCAGAAGCAUUUAUUCCUGCUGUGUGACACCCAUUCGGGGCCAGGGGACAGUGACGGCUUUUUGGGGCUGAUAGCAGGGAAGAACCCUGGUAGAAUUCUGGCUGCAACACUUCCCUUGUUAAGAUGGGUUUCACUUCCAAUAACAGACCCUAUUGCCACACUGUUCAUUUAUUUAAAGUGUAUGAAGAAUUUGUAACUUAAACCAGGCCAGACUGUUUUGGCUCUACCCAACAGAUGAGAUAUGGAUAUUAAAAUAAGUUUUAAGAAA